GUUGUCACCAUUUGCUUUUGCCAUCCUCUACAUAGAGACCAAGAGAGAGAGACAGAGAGCAACAAUGGCAGAUCUUGCCAUUGGGAUUUCCAAGACGGUGGUUGAGAAGCUGGUGAACAAGGUCAGGUCCGCUGUCAAGGAAGAGGCGGAGAAAUGGCAGAUCCUGCAGCGUGACAUUGUUUUCAUCAAGGACGAAUUCGAGAUGAUGCAAUCCUUCCUCAACACCACCGGGCGGGAGCGCAUGAAGAACCAGGUAGCAAGGACUUGGGUGAGGCAGGUUCGUGACCUGUCUUACGACACUGAAGACUGCAUCGAGUUCGUCCUUCACCUGGACACAAAGCGGGCGACCUUCUUCUGGCAAUUCUUCCGCUUACUGAAGCCCAAGGUGGUACCAGCAGCGCUGCCGCUGGACCAAGCCGUCGCCGAGAUAAAGCAACUCAAGGCCCAAGCUGAGGAUGUGAACCAAAGGAACAUACGCUACAGCCUCACCGGCAGCUCUGGAGAUCAGCAGAUGCUGCCAGCUCCUGCUGCCAGCAAGAGGACCCUGGACAUCUUCAUCAAGCCCAGGGAUGGCUUUGAUAAUCAGGCAGGCACUUUGGACCUCGCCAGAUUGAUAAAACGGGAGGGCAAGGAACUUCAAGUGAUUGCCGUGUGUGGAACAGGAGGAGAUCUUGGGACAACAUCCAUCAUCAAGAAGGCAUAUGACGAGCCUGAAAUCUGUGGCAUGUUUCCAUGUCGCGCUUGGGUGAAGCUGAUGCAUCCUUUCAGUCCCCAUGAGUUCAUCCGGAGCUUGUUGGUUGAGUUCAGCACAAAUUCUUACAAGACCCAAGAGCCCAAUACCGAAGGGCUCAAGAUCCAAGAGCCCAAUACCCAAGGGCCCAAGACCCAAGAGCCCAAGACCCAAGAGCCCAAGACCAAAGAUCCAAAGACACAAGAAGAACCCAAUACCCAAGAGCAAAAGACCCAAGAGCCCAAUAUCCAAGAGCAAGGAGUUUUAGAAUUAGAAGUACAAGAGCAAGAGCAAGAGCAAGGAGUUAACACCGGAAGUCUGCAACAAGUGCUGGAGGUGAUGAAGGCAACCCAAGAAAGUAUGCUUGCAGAAUUCAUGGGGAGAAUCAAGGAGAAGCCAUACCUCAUCGUCCUAGAAGGUCUCUCCACCAUCGUGGAGUGGAAUGCCAUCAAGACAUUUCUUCUAGACAUGAAGAAUGAGAGCCGAGUUGUUGUGUCAACGCAGCAGGUUGAGAUGGCAAGCCUGUGCGCGGGACAGCCAUACCACGUAUGGUUGCUCCGGGAGUUCUCAACUGAGCACUCCGUCUACGCCUUCUCAAACUCAAAGGACCUUCCCAAAAAACCACUGGUUAAUGAAGCUACCACAUUGGACAAGUGUUUGAGUGACGAGGACACAGAGUCCUCAGACCAUUGGCUGAAAGUACAUGGCCUUCGUGGGCGCGAUUCGGAACUAAGUACACUUUGGGGCUAG